AUGGCAAUUGGACCAAUUAGAUACGCAACUAAAGUAGAUUUGACUAUUCCUGGUGGUGAGCAAAAGCAAUUGCACAAUAGAUGGCACCCUGACAUCCCAUCUUCAGCAAAAAUUGCCCCAGGUGAAACGGUCAAAAUCGAAUGUUUAGAGUGGACAGGAAAUCAAAUUAAAAAUACAGACAAUGCUGAUGAUAUUAGAAAUGUUGAUCUAACCAAAAUCCAUUACUUAUCGGGACCCUUUGAAAUUGAGGGUGCUGAGCCUGGCGAUUGCUUGGUGGUUGAAAUAAAGGACGUUCAACCCUUGGAAAGACAACCUUGGGGCUAUUGUGGAGUAUUUAACAAAGAAAAUGGAGGUGGUUUCCUUGAGAGGUUCUACCCUGAGGCUGCCAAGGCUAUUUUCGAUUUUGAAGGUAUCCAUUGCACGUCGAGACAUCUUCCACAUGUCAGGUUUACCGGAUUGAUCCACCCAGGAAUUAUGGGCACCGCUCCUUCGCAAGAAAUUUUAGAUGAGUGGAACAGACGUGAAACUGAAUUGGUGGUCAAUGAACUGCACUUACAUGGAACCACAGUAGCUCAAUUGCCUGAACCUAGAAAUGUCUUGCCGGGCCUGGCUACAGGUGAUAUUGCGGCUAAGAUAGCCAAAGAAGGUGCAAGAACAAUUCCUGGUAGGCCCGAACACGGAGGAAAUUGUGACAUUAAAAACCUUUCUAGGGGCUCUAAGGCAUUUUUCCCAGUACAUGUGAAGGGCGCAAAACUUUCCGUUGGUGAUUUGCACUUUUCACAGGGUGAUGGAGAAAUCUCAUUCUGUGGAGCUGUGGAAAUGCCUGGGGUGAUCACUAUAAAAACCUCUAUUAUUAAAGAUGGAGUUUCCAAGCUAUCACUAAAAUCACCUAUGUUCAUUGCAGGAGAUGUUCCAAAUCAAUAUGGUCCGUCUCGGUAUCUUACAUUCGAGGGAUUCUCUGUCGAUGAAGUAGGAAAACAGCACUUCCUCUGCACAACAACUGCUUACAGACAGGCUUGUAUUAGGGCUAUAGAAUAUUUGAGAAGAUUUGGUUAUAAUGACUAUCAGAUUUACUUACUAUUGAGUACUGCGCCCAUUGAGGGCCAUGUUGCAGGAGUAGUAGAUAUCCCCAAUGCUUGUACCACCAUCGGACUCCCUAUGGAUAUCUUUGACUUUGACAUCUCUCCUACAUCCAAGUUCGCCAAGGGUGAUUUAGAUAUGGGAAAUUGUGCGUUUGUAACCGACUACAAACAUAAAUUAACUUAUGACUUUAAAUAA